AUGACCUCAGAGAAGAGCUUUGGCCACCGCGACGAGCCUCUAGCCACAGAAAAGCGCGACGAGGCGUUUGUGGAAGAUGCGAGAUCCGUGGAUGAGAAGGCUCAGAGGAACCAUGGCGACUACUCUGGAGCCGUUGCAAAGACAGACCCUGCGGAGAUUCAGCUUGUCCGCAAGUUGGAUAGGAGAAUCAUGCCUAUCGUCUGGGCCAUGUACUUCUUGAACUACGUCGACCGAAACGCGAUCGCAAGCGCACGCCUCAACGGUCUUGAGGAGGACCUCGGACUUCACGGCACCCAGUACAAUACCUGCAUUUCCAUCCUAUUCGUCGGAUACCUCCUCAUGCAGAUCCCAUCAAACAUGCUCAUGUCCUCCGGCAAAGUCCGGGCCUCCGUUUAUAUGUCCCUGUGCAUGGCAAGCUGGGCCGUUGUCUCGGCCUGUACGGCGCUCACGAAGAGCUAUACUGGGUUGGUGCUGGUGCGGUUCUUCCUGGGAAUCACAGAGGCGCCCUUCUACCCCGGCGCCCUCUUCCUGCUGUCAUUGUUCUACACACGAAAGGAAAUUGCGCUGAGAAUUUCCAUCCUCUACUCGGGAAACAUCGUGGCAACCGCCAUGAGCGGCCUCAUCGCCCUUGCAACCUUCGAAACACUAGACGGAAAACACGGACUAAAGGGCUGGCAGUGGCUCUUCAUCAUCGAAGGUGUUGUGACCUUUGGCAUCGCAAUGCUCGGCCUAAUCAUGCUCCCCGACCACCCACUUACAACCCGGUGGUUAACCCCUGAAGAGCGCGAGCUCGCACACACGCGCAUCCUCGCAGACACGGUUGGAAGCGAGAGCUCAAAGGGAGUCCUCGCCGGAUUGAAAGAGGCAUGCCGCGACCCGCGACUCUAUCUCCUGGCUUUCAUGCAGAACAUGCACCUCAGCGCCUGCAGCUUCAACAACUUCUUCCCAACCGUCAUUGGCAGCCUUGGAUUCAAUUCCACCAUUACGCUGGCUCUGACAUGCCCACCGUACCUCGUCUCCGGCGUCGUCGGCGUCAUUGUUGGGAUCACCUCGGGCAAGUACAACGAGCGCACGUGGCACAUUACAAUCACGAUGGGCAUCGCCGUCAUCGCAUUCAUCAUAUCCUGCGCGACGAUGAAUACAGCAGCUCGAUACAUCUGCUGCUUCCUCUUCACGAGCGGCGCGUACGCGGUCAACUCGGUGAUUCUCGGGUGGGUCUCUGCGACGCUGGGCCAGACGGCUGAGAAGAAGGCGGCGUCGCUUUCCGUCGUCAAUGUCGUUGCGAAUGCGUCGUAUAUCUACACGGCGUACCUCUACCCGGAGUCCAAUGGUCCGCGGUACCUGAUCGCCAUGUCGAGCAAUGCGGCGUUUGGGGCCGCUACGAUCAUGAGUGCUUGGGCGUUGCGCUGGUGGUUGCAGGCUACAAAUAGGAAGAUUCAGCGCGGUGUACUGCCUGGCGCGGAGGAUGGGGUGUUUUACGCGUACUGA